AAUCCAUUUUGGUGACACCCGUAGAGUGGAGAUACACGGUAGCCGCAAGGGCAGCAACUCGUCAUCCGCACAACAGAGAUAUAUAGAAUGCCUGGAUCUAGAAUUCUGCAAAUACUUGGUCGCUGUUCUAAGCAAAGCCAAGUAUUUCUCUUUCAUCGCCAAAGUAGGAGCAUUUCUGCUCUUCCCAACUAUACCCAGCUAGAUGAUCUUCAAGAGCAGGUUUUAGUUGAAGGGAGAUCGAAAUCAAGAGCAGCUAUACUCAAUAGACCAUCUGCACUCAAUUCUCUCACUAGCUCUAUGGUUCCUCGCUUAAAUAGAUUAUACAACUCAUGGGAGGAGAACUCUGAAAUUGGAUUUGUUCUGAUGAAGGGAAGUAAUCGUGCUUUUUGUUCUGGAGCUGAUGUUGUUAUGCUUCAUCAGUUGAUUAAUGAAGGGAAACUUGAAGAAUGCAAAAUUUUCUUCCAGACACUAUAUAAUUUUAUCUACCUUUUAGGAACAUAUCUGAAACCACAUAUUGCAAUUUUAGAUGGUAUUACAAUGGGAAGUGGGGCGGCUAUUGCCCUUCCUGGAAUGUUCUGCGUUGCAACUGAUCGAACUGUUUUUUCUAGUCCAGAAACUCAAAUGGGGUUCCAUCCUGAUGGCGGGGCCUCAUUUUAUCUUGCUCGGCUUCCUGGCUACUUAGGUGAAUAUUUGGCUUUAACAGGAGAAAAACUUAACGGUGUGGAAAUGGUUGCCUGUGGUCUUGCAUCGCACUACAUACUGAAAGAAAGGCUUCCAUGGAUAGAAGAGCGGCUUGGUAAAUUGAUGACAGAUGAUCCUUCUGUUAUUGAAAGCUCUCUUGCUCAGUAUGGUGAUCUUGUUUAUCCAGAUAGAAGAAGUGUUCUUCACAAGUCUGAAAUGAUCGAUAAGUGCUUCAGUCCAGAUACAGUUGAGGAAAUAAUUGAAGCUUUGGAGAAGCAGGCUGCUGAGUCGUAUGAUGAAUGGUGUAGUUCAACUCUCAAAAAGAUAAAAGCAGCUUCUCCGUUAAGCUUGAAAGUCACUUUGAAUUCAAUUAGGGAAGGAAGGUUUCGGCCACUUGAGCAGUGUCUGACAAGUGAAUAUCGUGUAUCUGUGAACUGGAUUUUGAAGCACGUUUCUGGUGAUUUUUGUGAGGGUGUUCGUGCAAGAUUAAUUGACAAGGAUUUUGCUCCAAAGUGGGAUCCGCCACGAUUGGAGGACGUUACGAAGGACAUGGUUGACAGCUUCUUUGCUCCCCUGGCCGAGUUCGAAUCAGAACUAAACUUGCCAACAUCAAUACGAGAGCCUUUUGCCUAAUCUGUUUGUGCCAGUCCGCCUUGUAUGCAGAUUUUUCUUUCUUCCAAAACCAGGUGCAAAAUGCACUUAAACAACGUUUUGAUUGAAGUAAGAAAGGUAAGAAACCAUCUAUUUUUUCCUGCUGAAUUUUAUGCACAUGUACCAAUAUGCUGAAAGCUCCCCCAACACUGAACUCUCAUUCAGCUGUUUGCCCCCAUAUUUAUUUAUUUAUACAUUAGAAAUAAAGUUUUUUAUGAAAAAUAAGAGGGUGAUUUCCAAAAAUAGGGGUUUUAUGUAAGUAAAUAAUCCUAAUGUUUUGGGAUGGUUUUAUGUAAGCUCUCUUUAUUUUACCUAUCUUGCGUAGUAAAUAAGAUAUUACUCC